AUGACGGAGAUUGCAGAUGAGGACUGGAUAUAUCCCAUUCCUCGUUCUGCCUUCUCGCUCUAUCCCCAGGCGCUGGAUAUGAAGCAGGUGGUUGCUGACAUAAGGAAAGGUCGACCCGUACCAGAGGUAAGCUCAAGUACUUUCGAGUUAAAAUCAUCUGACCGGUUCAGCAAACCUGCUGUCUCACGGUGUUAGCCGACAUUCUACAAUGUGUUUACAAUUAAUAAGAUCAAUUACAAAGCGUUCUUGUAUUGAGUAUCGUGCAGCUGAAUCCGCGAAUAUUUCAGUCGGGUCAGAACCCUGGGUUUAUUUCCAACGGCCUGAUAAAAUAUUGGUCGCAUGCGUGCGCAAAAUGUCUGUUAAAUCAGUUAGGGGAAAUGUUUAAUCCUUAAAAUCGCCAUACACAUCUGUAUAACACGGUGGGGUCGAGCAGAUUGAGAAGGCAAUUUAAGCCUUCUCUAGAAAUUAUGCUUGAAGAAUGGGUAUCUGUCGCUUUUAAAUAACUUUACUAAUUCCCGAAACACAGUUACACUUGACGUCAAGGUUUACUUUCUUCAUGCUGCAAGUGUUCUGUGUAAGCAGUCAGGGUUAAGCAUAAGAUUAAUGUUAUGUUUGGGAUUAAAAUGUGAAAAUACUCGUCCCUGGAAUUUAACGCAUAAGCAUCUUUCAUACUGGCGGGUCAAUAUUACCCGUAUCUGACCAGGACAAAUGCUGCGUAAGCAUGCGCUAUAACUGGUGACAUAUUGCAUGAUUUUAUCGCACAAAUCACUGCUGACAUCACAACAACAGUGCUGCAGUCAGUCUGCGGCCAUUAUCACUUCCGAAACAGCUCCGCUUUAGCGUCCCUUUGUGACAGCUCUCAGAUGAUCCAGCAGACCCGUUGUCUCACGCAAGGUUAUCCGACAUUUUACAGUGUGAUGCCGUUCAAAAAGGUAAAUUAAAAGGCUUGUAAUUUUAAAUAUCUUACGGCAGAAUCCGCAGAUAUUUCAGACUGGCCAGGACGUUUACGUUUUAAGGAGUUUAAUUCCAAUAGCCUAAGAAAAAUUAUUGGUUGCGCAUGUUUACAAAAAUCUGCGAAAUCAAUUAGAAGUAAUUUCUUAUCUCUGAAAACAGUACACACGCACAUUUCUGCACAACGAUUGGAUCGAGUAGAUUGAGGUUAUUACUCUAAAUUUCCGAAUUUGAAAAUGUACCCACGGAAUAAUAACGAAUUUUGACUGUGCCCUUCUGCUUACAAUUUCCAUCCGCAAACCUUUAAAUGGCUACCAUAGUAACCCACGAUAUGAUUGUGUGUUUGUUGAAAUGAAUGUUGCCCAGCAGGCGUUCGGGAAAAGCCUGUUAAAUUAUUCAGUGGAAUGGUGAACAUCAUUCUGCACGUUCCCAAUCCGCAUUAGAUUCGUGCAUUUGGAGGUUGUUUUAAAUUGCCUUACUCUAUCAAAACGUAAUACCAGUCCCAUUGCCUGGUAGUCGGUCUGGCGCCCUGGCUGUCAGUUAAGCUCACAAUUUUCCCGCUUGUUCUUAAAUCUGUUACGUCUAGUGGUCUACGUGGGCCGGCAAUCGCCUCUCGACGAUGAAAUAUUAAAACAUUAUUUUUGAAGGUUUGUUGGAAAGUUUUUACGUUGAAAGACUACCAAAUGCCCAUUAAUUGCGACCCAACGGUGUUCGUUAAGGGAGGAUGAAAAAAACGGCAAUAACCUAGCACAAAUUACAGUAGGUGUGCUAACUCAUGAAAUUUCAACCGAAAUUUUGAAAUUCGUUUUCGCUUCGAAAAGAAUCAGUAUGUCAUCUUGCAGCAUAAUUCUUUAGUAAUUCAGUUAUCACAGGAAGCCUGCUUUCGAACGAGUUUAUUUCCGGCAGCAUGAAAAAGUUAUACUCUGUAAAAAAUGACUACUUAUAUAGCAUGCAUACUUCUCAUUGACCUUCGAUGCCCUAAGCAAUUCAAUUAUAUUUCAUGAAAAUCAUGCAUAAAAAUAUUCAUUCUUUUGAUUAUUCAGCAGAAAGUUACGUUUUCUUUAAAUUUUAUACACGAAAAAGGUUAUUAUUCAGCUUUCAAACAGUUUCUAAUAGUGAGAUUGCUUAAUACCGUGAAAUGGCUGUUCAUAAAACAUCACGUCUCUGCAUUUACCAAUGUGGCUCGUAAAGUUAACAACAUGGCUCGAAUCCACUGUGGAAUUUUAUGAACGCCAUUUGGUGUCUGCUUAAUACCGUAGAAAAAAGUAUGGAUUUCCGUAAGCGGAAUAUAUGCGGCUCUUAGUUUUUAAACCCUCAGUGCGAGUGCAAUGGCAGGUCGGGUUCCACAUUAUUCGGGAAUUGGAAGAGUUUUCAAAACCAAAUUAUAGCCUUUUUCGAGUAUAACAUUGGAAGAAAACGUAAUUUCCUACCGAAUGAGCAAAAGAAUGAAUACUGUUAUGCAUGUGUCCUAUUAAAUAUGAUUGAAUUUUAAGGGCACUGAAAAUCAAAGAGGACAAUGCAUGAUACAUAAGUAGCCAUUUUUGCAGAGUAUACCUUUUGCAUGCUGACGGAAAUAAGUUUGUUCGAAAGCAGGCAUCCCGGGGUGACUGAGUUAUUGAAGAAUUAUGCCGCUUGAUGAUAAGGUCUCCAACUCUGCUUAAUUAAUCUUUUCGAAACGAAAACGCAUUUCAGAAUUUCGGCUAACAUUCCAUGAGUUAGCCCACCUACUGUACUCCCACUACCGAAAGGUAUAAUUUGGUCCUACAAACAUUUCUAAUUGCGAGAUUUUGAACAAAAGGAAAUACCCGUUCAUUAAACAUCGUAUCCCUGCAUUUACUAAUGUUGCUUGUUAUGUUGACAAUAUGGCUCAAAUCCACUGUUAAAUUUUGUGAACUCCAUAUAGUUUCCUCUUAUACCCGCGUAGAAAUGCAUAAUUUUCUGUACACGGAAAAUAUACAGCUUGUAGUUUCGAGACCCUGAAUGCAGGUGUAGCGGCAGGUCGGGUUCAAAAUUAUUGGAAAGUUGGGAAAGUUUUUUCAAACUGAAUUAUACUCCUUCUUAGGUACGACAUUUAAAGAAGACGUGAUUUUUUCCCAAAUGGGUAAGAUCAUGAAUAUGUUCGUGCAUGUUUUCUAUGAAACAUAAUUGAACUUAUAGGAGUACCAUAAAUGAAAAGGUCAUACAACCUAAGUUGUCAUAUUUUACAGAGUACAGUUUUCUCAGGCGGCCGAAAAGGAAUUUAUUCAAAAGCUGGAAUCCUGAAGUAACAGAAUUGUCUUGGAAUUAAUUUGUUAGCUAAUUAAUACUGCAACCAGGCGGCUAUCUGGUGAUGGACCCCAAACACACACACACGAUCAGCCAAAUGGGCCUGUCUUACGGGAAAAGGAGGUGAUAGGGGUUUUAUGGGCGGGGUCUAUGUAUCCAGGGAGGAAUGGCAAAACAAGUAUACUUAUUUGGUAAAUUCGUUUAUCGGACGGAAAAUUUUUACUGCAUUGACACAUAAGAACCGAUAUUAGGAAGAACAAGUAAAAAAUUAACAUUGGGUGUCUACAAAAAUUGCUUUUCAACUCUAUGUGCUGAGAUGAUUGUAAAUAAUCCACCAAACAUCUGUUGCCUAGAAAGAAUAUCUACACUGCUUAUAUAAAUGGGUUUUAGUCCGACACUAAUUGUCGCUUUGACGUUUUAUCGUACAAGGUUGGGCCGUCUGGUGCGUUAUUCAUUAUUAUCUUAACUUAGAGAGUUAAGAAGCGGUCGUUGUAGGCAUCUUUGGCCGGUUGUGUGUGUGUGUGUUUUGGGCCCUUCCCCCGAUCGUGGCUUCGCAACACUGCCUUAGAAAUCUUUAAGGGUCGAAAACACAUUUUAGAAUUUCGGUAAAAAUUUCCUGAGUUAACACAUCUGCUGCAGUUAAAAUGACCAAAGGAUGCAACGGACGCAGGUAGCCGUCAUGAACAGAGCCGUAGGUAAGCGUACCAAAACACUCCAUGGUCCAAACCAAAAAAACACUUGACCAGGAAUUUAACCAAAAGUAGAAAUAAUGUGACGGGCGGCAGGAAUUCCAGUUGGCACGAAGUGCGCCGGAAACGGGGUCUGCAACCACAUCUCAAGUGUUGGCAUUCGUUAGAGGUGUGUAUUCUCGGUACACCCUGCUAGACCCCACUGUGGCUCCCCCACGCGUGCUGGCCGGAUUAGUGCAUCUACACUGUAGCCCCUUUCGGAAGACAUAGCUGCUGCUUGAACACCUGACAAAAGGCCAGCAGUUUUCUGUUGUCUCAUAAUUUUGUCUCCAGCGAACCCGUGUUCUAAGCGCAUUUGAUAAUACUUUGUAGUCAAAGAGCAAUACGUAAAAUAUAUUGGGCACAUACACAUAAGUGAGUGACCUAUCUCAUGAAAUGUUGGCUGAAAUUCUGAACUGCGUUUUCAAUUAGGAAGAAUUACUUAGACGCAGUUGUAAUACUGAUUCUCUUGCGCCAUAAUCUUAUAACAUUUCGGACUCGGUAGGAUGUCGGCUUUUGUAAACACUGCCUUUCCAUCUCCUGUAGAAACUGUGCUUGGUAAAAAAAUGACUACUUAAUUAGCAUGCAUUUUUCUCAUUUAUUUUCGAUGGUCGUGCAAAUUGAGAUAUAUAUUAUAGAAACCAGAAACAAAAAUACGCUUUCUUUCAGUUAAUUAAUAGAGACUCACGUCUACUUUAUAUUUUUUAUUCAAGGAAGGAUUAUAAUAAUGCUUUAAAAAAGUUUCUUGUUAUGAGAUUGUUUAAGACCGCUCAAUGUCCAUUCUCAUAGCGUCGUACUUGGACGUUUACGACAGCUCCUCGUAAAAUGUACAGCGUAGUCCGGAUCAAUCGCAAAAUCUUAUAAACUCUAUAUGGCACCUUCUAAAGGCAUCGAGGUUUAUAUGAUUUCCCUUACGUGGAAAUCACGCACCCUGUAAACGAAAAUCCCUAAACGCUAAUGUAAUGGCAGAUUUGGGUCAGGGAAUUGGAAAACAUAUUUGAACCCUAAUUAUACUCCUUCCCUGAAUAAAAAAAUCCAAAGAAGACCUGAUUCUCUAUUAAUUGACUGAAAGAAAGCACAUCUUUGUUUAUGGUUUCUACAAGAUAUUUAUUAAUUUGUAAGAUCAUCGAAAACCAAUGAGAAAAAUGCAUGCUACUUAAGAAGUCACUUUUUGCCGACUACGGUUUCCACAAGAGAUUAAAAGGCAGUGUAUUUAAAAGCUGACAUCCUGCCGAGUUCGAAAUAUUAUAGGACCAUGGCGCAAGAUAAUCAGUAUUACAACCGCGCCUAAGUAAUCCUAAUCGGAAACACAUUUCAGAACUUCAAUCAACGUUUCACUACUAAUGUACUAAUGUCACGCCAAAUUAUGUCUGUCUCUAGAAAGGGUGCUUGAAGAAGUGGUGGCUGAGAAUUUUACAAAACCUUUCCAGUUCACGAGUAAUUUUGAGCCCGAAACAUUAAUACACUUGCCUCAAGAUUUCUUAUUUUCAUGCUGCAUGUGCUACACGAUAGGCGGAAAUACGCAUCUCGUAUACGUAGUUAGCAUCAAGGCCAUUUUCAAAUCAGAACUAAGUUAAAGACUACCGUUAUAAAAAGAAUUAAGAUGCGAAAAAUAGCAUCUUUGGGAUUUAAAGUAUAAGCACCUUUUGUACUAGGAGAUAGCUAUUACUGUAUUUCAUUAAAGCAAACGCUACCUAAGCCAGCGCUAUAACUGGAAGCAUAACCAAUGAUUUUAUCAAAGAAAUCGCAGCUGAAGUUACAGCAGCAACCAUAUAGUAAAUCUGAAUUCUUUCUAAAUCGUGAAACAAUUUCCAUUUAAUGCCUCUCUGUGAUGUCUCCUUGGAUUUUAUUGAAUUCUGAUAUCGACAGCUUUCUUAGCCUGAUUGUAGGCAGGUAAACUGCUUCAGACACCACAAAGUACACAUCUGUUCUCGAGGGAUUCCAUAUCCCAAGCCAGGUCUGACAGGAUUGGCCGAUGUCUCGCUGGACCCUUGUUCCCAUCUCGCUUGUUCGGAUUGGGUACUAUGGAUUCCAUUUCGAUGUACACUGUAUUUAUCGACUGCUGUAUAAAUCAGCGCAUCACUAUGCACCCAUUCCUGGACACCUUUUCAGGAACAGAAAAUGGGCGGCUGAAAUCUUGUUUUACCUAAAUUGGGUCACUGGUUAAGGACACAAUUUUCGAGUUAGGGGGUUUGUCAAUUGCCACCGUGGGCCAACGCUUCCAGAGAGCAGCAUACGUAGAACCACUGUUAUUCUGGACAUUCAAUGGUUUCUCGUGAACUACGAGGUUGUGGCUGAAGCACAGCAAGUCGACCUAGACUUCGCUACCUGAAUGGUCCGCUUUCGUAUAGAUUUUUUGGCCUCCGCUCAAUGUCCAAAACAUUCAUAUGGAAAUUUAUGACACAGGUAUAUCACUUAUAUACCGUCAGUUCAGGUAAUAAAUAUUAAAGAUAUUGUGCAAAUAGGUUGUAAUGAGACAUGCGAGAGGUAGUGAGAAUUAAAUAAAAAUACUUUCUACGUGUGUGCUAUCAUUAGCUUCCAUUUAGAUCACUUCAACAAAUUCACAGACAAUCGAUUUCAUCGCUGUGAUAUAAACUAAGUCAGAUAUUCUUUUCGACAAACGUCGUACAGCUGUGUUUGGUUCAAUCGCCCCCUUCUUCAUCCACAGGCUCCCAUAUUUAAUCAGACAAUAAGAUUCCGCAGCGUCAGCUCGACCGUCUGUAUCCCAGGAAAAGCAGUCGAGAGACCACUUAAUGCUAUUGUGGUCAUAAAGUCAGCUGUCUACAAUUUUGCAGAUCGAGAUCGUAUACGGAGGGCUUUUGCUGAAGAAACCCAGCGUGAACCUGAAUUUCGCAUGGCUGCGGUCUUCUCCGUGGGUCUACCCCGCAGCAGCGGAGGUCGGUUUUUCCAACGUGACGGUUUCAACAUCACACUGCCAGAUCGGGCAGGUGAGAGCAUGCUGAAGAUGCAGUUCGAGAGAUCAGAAGUUCUGAGAAAUCUGACAGAAGAAGCCCGAGUGAAGGGUGACCUUGUUGUGGGCGACUACGAGGACACCUACUAUAACCUCAGCCUCAAAUUAUUUCAUACGUUUCAAUGGGCCUCCACCUUCUGUCGUCCGCAUUUCAUCUCCCAACAACGACCUCCUGUCUUCGUCGUCCUCGAUGAUGACUAUGCUUUCAAUGUAAGCGUCCUGAAGGCCGAAUUGGGCGCCCUCAAUGACACGCAGAUUCGACGAGUGACUUGGGGCUUGAAACGGGCUAGUGCAAAGGUCUAUCGCCCCUUUACUACAAAGGCUUUCGAAAAGUGGUCUGUCUCCAAGCGCGAGAUGCCUUGGCCUUACUAUACGCCUUUUGCCUACGGCAUUUUUUUGGUCUUCGGCGCUGAUGUUAUGCAGGAAAUUGCAAUUGCUAUGUACUUUACCCUGCAGUUUCCAAUAGACGAUGCCUGGCUAGGCCUGGUCAUGACAAAGUUAGAUCUCGAUUUUCAAACUCGUCCCCACAUGUAUAAAAGUUGGCCGACGGGCGUUAGAAAGGAGUUGAUUAUGUUUGCACGCCUUGACUACCUCUUUCCUUUACAAUGA